UGAGAUGAAAAGGUUGCUCCUCCUAGGUAGGUUGUAGGCAUCUCCCAUGGCGUGAAGCACCACUUGAAAAAGCUGACGUGGCGGUCUCUAAUAUCCUUCUCUGUCCACGCGACUGCCUCCUCACUGUACAUAGAGUCACGAUUCCAAAUUAACCCAAAAUUCAACCUCCGGCGAUCGUCGUCCUCUCGAAUCCUGAUCAUAACUGCUGCUUGGGGAAUUUGUUUGAAGGAUGGGAGAAAGAAAGGUGCUGAAUAAGUACUAUCCGCCGGACUUCGAUCCGUCGAAGCUACCGAGGGUUCGGAGGCCGAAGAACCAGCAGAUGAAGGUGCGCAUGAUGCUCCCCAUGAGCAUUCGCUGCAACACCUGCGGUAAUUACAUCUACAAGGGCACCAAGUUCAAUUCCCGCAAAGAGGAUGUCAUAGGCGAGAUACAGGACACGAACCACAGAUCUAUAAUUUUUGUACCACGUUUCAAGUCAUGAUAUAGCUUGUUUAAAGCAAAGAAAGUGUCUUGAACGCAUGAGCCUCAGCCUUACUACCAUUUUCAUGACAUACUUAGGAAUUCAAAUCUUUCGAUUCUACUUCAAAUGUACAAAGUGUUCUGCGGAGCUAGCGAUGAAGACAGAUCCAAAAAAUUCCGACUAUGUUGUUGAGUCUGGUGCCACACGGAAUUUUGAACCUUGGCGUGAAGAGGAUGAGGUAACGGAGAUGGAAAAACAGAAAAGGGAUGCCGAAGAGAUGGGAGAUGCUAUGAAAUCAUUAGAGAACAGAACCUUGGAUUCAAAGAGAGAGAUGGAUAUCCUUGCUGCGCUAGAUGAGAUGAAGUCUAUGAAGUCCAGACAUGCUACUGUGAGUGUAGAUGCCAUGCUUGAGGCCUUGCAGCACACAGCCGGGGAAAAGGAGAAAAGGUUGGAAGAAGAGGAUGAAGCACUUAUAAAAUCAAUAUUUCAUAAGCCAGUAGAUUAUGUUCGAAGAAUUCAUGAUGAAGAUCUUGACGAUGAUGGAGAUAUGAUUCAGCUUUCAAGUGGCAAUGGGGAAAUAUCUGGUGAUAAUCUGAAGAGGAGAAAGGUUUCUGAAGAGCCUCUUGGUAACCCAACAGAUUCUUUAACAAAAGCCACUUUUGUUGACAGCUCCACCAACAAAGAAGAAAAUCCAGGUAGUUCAGGGGCUGCUGGCAAUCCCAAGUUAAUAUUCAAGUCUUCAGCCGUUAGGAUUUCGGUUAGGAAACCAGCUUCCAAUGAUAAUAAUUUAGUGAAAAUGGAAGGGAACAAACAAGGGGCUGGAGCCAAUACAAGUGCACUACAGGCUGUGACCACAGGCGAUAAAAAUCCGGCCAGGCACGGAGAUAGUAGCGAAGAGCAUAAAAUUGCUGAUACAAGUGCUGGACUACAAUCGCUCUGCCAAAACUAUGAAAGUGACGACGACUAGUGAUUGAUUGACUGGGAGAGUGUAUCUUCUAAGUUAUAACAACCAUUUCUUUUGGAAACUUCAUUUACUUUGUUAUUAGGUUUUUAGUUGCAUUUUGGGAGUUCACUCGCAUUGCUGCCAAGCCAAAUGAUAUGACUUUUAAGUGUUCUACCCAAUGACUAUAUUCAAGACUUGAAGCGAAGAGAUCAAAUACUGCCAAAACUGGGCGUCUAACUGGGCUUACGGGCCUAAUGGGUUUUAAUAUGGCCCAACAACUUUGAUACUCUUUUCCCUUGAAAGAUAUUGGUAUCCUCUUGUAACUUCUUCAUGCCGAUUAAUGUUAAGAGCAAUAUAAUAAUAGAAAGGACAAAUUAAUUAUCCA